AAAAAUAAAAAAAAAAAAACAUGACGGAAUGACACCGUUUAGCUGAAAUCCCUUCCGGCUAAGAAUAAAAUGUAAAACCCUGGCGAGCUGCCGCAGCGUCGUCUUGGUCUACUCUUCCAGCAGCAGCCGCCCUUGCAGAAGCCCGCGACUGAGAGAGGGAGACAGAGACAGAGACAGGGAGGCAAGAAAUGGCUGAUGUUAAAGCAGCAACAGUUGUUCCUGAAUCCGUACUGAAGAAGACGAAGAGAACCGAGGAAUGGGCUGCGGCUAAGAGUCAAGCUCUCGAGGAUCAGAAGAAGACGAAUGCUGAAAAUAGGAAGAUUAUCUUCAAGAGAGCUGAGAAUUACGCCAAGGAGUACUUAGAGCAAGAUAAGGAGCUCAUCAGGUUGAAAAGGGAGGCAAAGUUGAAAGGUGGUUUCUAUGUUAACCCUGAAGCCAAGCUUCUGUUCAUCGUCAGGAUUCGUGGAAUUAACGCCAUUGACCCAAAGACGAGAAAGAUUCUGCAGCUUCUGCGUCUCAGACAGAUAUUCAACGGCGUGUUCCUCAAGGUCAACAUGGCGACAAUCAACAUGUUGCGCAGAGUUGAGCCUUAUGUGACCUAUGGAUACCCGAAUCUGAAAAGUGUUAAGGAGUUGAUAUACAAGCGAGGUUUUGGUAAGCUGAACAAGCAGAGAAUUGCCUUGACCGACAACUCCGUCGUCGAACAGGGCCUGGGAAAAUUCGGGAUCAUCUGUGUCGAAGAUCUCAUUCAUGAGAUCAUGACCGUGGGACCUCACUUCAAGGAGGCAAACAACUUCCUCUGGCCGUUCAAGCUGAGCGCUCCGUUGGGCGGUUUGAAGAAGAAGAGGAACCAUUACGUCGAAGGGGGAGAUGCUGGAAACAGGGAAGACUAUAUCAAUGAGCUCCUUAGGAGGAUGAACUAGAUAGAUUGAUUCUCUGUGUUUUUCUUCAUGUUUAGUAGAGAUUAAAGCGGUAGUUCUUUGGGGGGUUUUUUCUUCCGAGAUCAAUCGUUUUCAGUUUAUGGUAGCACCUGUUUCGCUUUAUCUUCAUAGCUCAGAGCAUACUAUGUUCAUACAAUUUAUUGGGAAAAAAGAGAGGUGCAUUUGAGUUACUGGACUCUAAUCGUUGC